AGCCUCUGCCAGGGAUUCUGAGCCGGGCUCCAUCCCUCCCUCCUCGGAGCCCUGCUACCCGCAGCCGUGUCUCCUCCCCCUGGGGUGAGUCCAGCAGCAGCCUCCUCUUUCCUGACUGUCACAUUUCUUUUCCAGCUCUGACCGGGAGUCAGCUCCUCGGGGAUACCAUCCCCCGACCUCACCUUCCACCUGCCGCAGCCUGCUAGCCUUUCCGGGAGAAAAGGCAUCCUUACCUCUGGUUGAAGGUCUCGGGGCCUCCCCCUCUGCAUCCGGACCCUCUCCCCAUCCCAGCCUCCCAUGCCAAGGCCCGCCUUGUCAGUCACUUCCUUUUGUCAUCGGCUUGGCAAACGGGAGAGAAAACAGAGCUUCAUGGGAAACAGCGGCAACAGUUGGUCCCAUACACCUUUCCCCAAGUUGGAGCUGGGCCUGGGGCCCCAGCCCAUGGCGCCCCGGGAGCUCCCUACCUGCUCCAUCUGCCUGGAGAGGUUGCGCGACCCCAUCUCACUGGACUGUGGCCACGACUUCUGCAUACGGUGCUUCAGCACACACCGUCUCCCGGGCUGUGAGCCGCCCUGCUGUCCUGAGUGCCGGAAGAUAUGCAAGCAGAAGAGGGGCCUCCGGAGCCUGGGCGAGAAGAUGAAGCUCCUGCCGCAGCGGCCGCUGCCCCCUGCACUGCAGGAGACGUGUCCUGUGAGGGCGGAGCCGCUGCUGCUGGUUCGCGUCAAUGCCUCUGGGGGCCUCAUCCUUAGGAUGGGGGCCAUCAACCGCUGCCUGAAGCACCCUCUGGCCAGGGACACCCCAGUCUGCCUCCUCGCUGUCCUGGGGGAGCAGCACUCAGGGAAGUCCUUCCUCCUCAACCAUUUGCUUCAGGGCUUGCCGGGCCUGGAGUCUGGUGAGGGCGGCCGGCCAAGAGGAGGAGAGGCAUCCCUGCAGGGCUGCAGAUGGGGCGCCAAUGGCCUCGCCAGGGGCAUAUGGAUGUGGAGCCACCCCUUCUUGCUGGGGAAAGAAGGGAAGAAGGUGGCGGUGUUCCUGGUGGACACAGGGGAUGCCAUGAGCCCUGAGCUGAGCAGGGAAACAAGGAUCAAGCUCUGUGCUCUCACCACGAUGCUGAGCUCCUACCAGAUCCUCAGCACCUCCCAGGAGCUGAAGGAUACAGACCUGGACUAUCUGGAGAUGUUUGUCCACGUGGCCGAGGUGAUGGGCAAGCAUUAUGGGAUGGUGCCAAUCCAGCAUCUGGACCUCUUAGUUCGUGACUCAUCCCACCCCAACAAGGCAGGGCAGGGGCAUGUAGGCAACAUCUUCCAGAGAUUGUCUGGCAGAUACCCCAAGGUGCAGGAGCUGCUGCAAGGGAAGCGAGCCCGUUGCUGCCUCUUGCCUGCCCCAGGGAGGCGGCGGAUGAACCAAGGCCAUGCAAGCCCUGGUGACACAGAUGAUGACUUCCGCCACCUUCUGGGGGCCUACGUCUCAGAUGUGCUGAGUGCGGCCCCCCAGCACGCUAAGAGCCGCUGCCAGGGGUACUGGAACGAGGGGCGCGCCGUGGCCAGGGGGGACAGACGCCUACUCACGGGGCAGCAGCUAGCUCAGGAAAUCAAGAACCUCUCAGGAUGGAUGGGGAGGACAGGGCCCGGUUUCACCUCUCCGGAUGAGAUGGCUGCUCAGCUGCACGACCUGAGGAAGGUGGAAGCUGCCAAGAGGGAGUUCGAGGAGUAUGUGAGGCAGCAGGACGUAGCCACCAAGCGCAUAUUCUCUGCGCUGCGGGUCCUGCCAGACACCAUGCGGAACCUCCUCUCUACCCAGAAAGAUGCCAUUCUGGCCCGCCAUGGUGUGGCCUUACUCUGCAAGGGGAGAGAUCAGACCUUGGAGGCACUGGAAGCUGAGCUGCAGGCCACGGCCAAGGCCUUCAUGGACUCCUACACGAUGCGCUUCUGUGGCCACCUAGCUGCUGUGGGGGGUGCUGUGGGGGCCGGGCUCAUGGGCCUGGCAGGGGGCGUGGUGGGUGCUGGCAUGGCAGCAGCUGCACUGGCUGCAGAGGCUGGGAUGGUGGCUGCUGGAGCUGCCGUGGGGGCCACAGGGGCCGCCGUGGUUGGGGGUGGCGUGGGUGCUGGGUUGGCUGCCACGGUGGGCUGCAUGGAGAAGGAGGAGGAUGAGAGGCUUCUGGAAGGGGACCGAGAGCCCCUUCUCCAGGAAGAGUAACAGCCCCAGGAGGUAUUGAAGGACAGGAGAGAUGUCAGGUGGGGAUGAAGAAGAGGGGCAGGUCGGGGGAAGGUGAUGCCAGAGAUUCCAAGGCACCGCCAUGUACUGCACUGCCCUGGUUGAAUGCUCGGUGUCUGGGUGGCAGCUGAGCUGGGACUCAAGGUGGCUUUUGGAACCUGGGAGGCAGCAUCUGGGGGCAGUGGAUAGAACACCCGGCCUGUUUCUGGUUGCAGAUGGUUGCCGAUCUGCCCUUGUCACAGAUAGGCUACAUCCCAGGGUUUCUGGCUGCAAGUGAGACUCCACCCUCCCCACCUGGCUCAUUUCCCCGAUGACCCUGGAUUGUAGGAAAGUUAAGCAGGCACCAUCCUGGAAGUCUACCCCUAGGUGGUUGAGGGACCUGUUCUUUCACAGAUGUGAGAAGCCCCAGGAUGAUUGACCAUGGUGUUCAGGAGCGGGGAGCACUGAUGAGGUGCUGGGGAUGACAGGAAGGAAGGAACACUGGGCAGAACCAGAGAGAUGGGACAUGGUAGACUGUGGCCCAGACCCCAGAGCAGAGAAACUUGCUCCCACGACCCUUCCCAAAUCUGCUCCAGCAGGACUAAGGUGGCUUUCCCACUCCUGGCCCACAGCCCCAGAGAGCCUGUCUGUGCAUCCUGAACCACUCUGUGCUGGGCCUCCGCAAGGGCCUCUCUUGGGUCUGUGUCCUUUUUCAAGCCUGUUUAGAUGGGGGAGUGCCCAUGCCCUCUGUGAAGUGCCCAAAUGCGAAAGAAUAACACCUUUUCUUGCAUUGUGAGCUAAGCCAGACAGCCUUUAUACUAGAUUCUAUCAAAAUCUUGCAAAGGAAAACAAAAUGAACAACUUCUACCCUUAAACACAUCCUUUCUCCCCUGGGCUUGUAAGAAGAUGCAGCUUGAUGCAGCUCCUCAAACACCAGGCCCCCUGGGAACUGGGGGUGCGGGAGUUCUCCCUCUGGGGGACAGAAAAUCUGACUACUAGGAAGACUUCUAGGCUAUGAAACUGACUUCUAGGCUAUGAAACUUACAGGGUAUGGGUGGGCACAUUAUCCUUUAUUUUAUGAAAAAUAAAAUGUGUGUAUGUGAA